AUGGUCGUGAUUCUGAAUCGUGUACCGGUACCGUGUCGUGAGCACGUUCUCACACCGAGCAAGCUCCUCCAGUGAGUCCAGCAUUCGUGCUUUUCCUUUUCUUUUGGCUGUGCAUGCAAUCCAUCGAUGCUGCGCCAAGAUGUUCCGAUUCAGUGACUGAUCAAUGGUCAAGCUGCCGCCCUUGUUGCCCUCGCCUUCAUCUCGUCCACAACACUUGUCAGGACGCAGGGCAGUACGCGUCGAGAAGCCCUUCCGCCAUGCCCGCUCCCACGGCACCACUCUUCUCUUCUCGACCUGCUCUGCCCUUGCGGAGGCCCCGCACGGUGCUGAUCAUCGGCGGAGGUGUAUGUGGCAUCGCAGCUUUGAGGGCCUUGUCAGAUCCCGAUGAAGGUGCGCGAAGCCAUCCAUUCGACAAGGUGCAGCUGGUGGAGAGGAGACGCGAUGUGGGCGGAGUCUGGUGAGUGAAAGACGGGGAGGGGCAGAGAGGGAGAGAGGGGGAGGGGGAGAGCUCUGGCGUGCAGACACCCUCGGAACGCUUGCUGAUACAUCGCUGCCCUGUAAACAGGUACCUCGACCCGGCUGUAGCUGCCUCUGAACGAUCUCGACCUUUAGGCAAUGCAGAGGGCGAAUGGCCUGUGCGGGACGCUUCGGAUCGUCCUACCUGGCCUUCGCCGGCUUAUCCAGCUCUUCGCGGCAAUGUUCUGCCCCGCUUCCUCUCAAUUUCAGGCGCGCCAUUUCCUCCGCCCGCAGAGGGUAAUCCCUUCCCAACACUGGACGAGACCGAGCAAUACCUACGCAGCGCUGUGCGGCCUUUUCAAGGGGGAAAUGGGGCACAGGAUCAGAUUAGGACUGGCGUAGAGGUGCUGAGCGUCCACGAGCUGGCUUGCGCGGGUCAUGCUCAAGGUUGGAGGGUUGCCCUCAGAGAUUGGAAUGAAGGCGGGCAGGAGAAAGUUGAGUUCUGGGAUGCUGUGAGUCAGCUGUAAUCACUUGCGAUGGAAGGGUCAGAUCCCCGGACGUGCUCUGACAAUCCUUCUGUGAAUUCUUGUUUGGCGUGCACAGAUUGUAAUUGCGACAGGCUGGUGAGUGACACGUCGUACGCAGCUGCUGCGUCGGGCACCGCUGCUGGAAAGGCUCCUCAUCCUCGAUGCUCGGCAGGUACGACUCGCCCAUCUACCCACCCAUUCCAGGGCUUCUGUCGGCUUUGUCGACGCAGCGUCUUUUCCACGCAAAGUGGUACCGCUCGCCAGCACCUUUCCUGCCGCAUAUUGAAGCGGGUCGUAAAAUAGUGGUCGUAGGAAACGGAAAUAGCGCCAACGAUGCUGCUUCUCACUUGGCGCCUCAUAGCAGCAUAGCAAAGCCCGUCUAUCGUAGCAUCUUGCAAGCUCAAUUGCCUGUGUUUGUCUCGCUGCCGGAUGAAAGGAUAAAGGAUGUGCCCAGCAUCAAGGAAGUCAAGGUGAAAGGAGAGAGAAUCGAUUUGCUGCUUGCUGAUGAUCAGUUGCUGGAGGAUUGCGUGGUGUUGCUCGGCGUGGGCGUGAGUUCAAUUUCCCUUCUUGCGCGACGCUGUGAGAGGACAAGGCAGGCUUCGUCACUGACAAGGAGGCAUGUAUCUCGACUUCACCGUCCAAGUACGAGGUAGGCACAAUACCUUGGGUGCACCUCCUCAAAUCGGAAUUAGUCUCAAGUGACUCGAUCGACAACAUCGAAACGUCGCAGUAUCUUCCACUAACGCCAAGGGCGCGUAUCAACCCCGCGAGUAUUACCAAUGUGCUGGAUGAGACUUCGACCACUGCUCCGACCCCUUCGGGAGCGCUGCCUACUAUACAACUUUCCGACAGCGAUGUCAGCAGCGAUACUGCUCAGUGGCCGCCUCGGGUGCCCAACUUGCAUCAUCAAAUCUUGCACGGUAUUAAUCCCACCUUGGCUUUCUCUGGCCUACCUGUAUCGAACACUGUAAGUGUACAUGCACCGCGGCACCUCACUUGUCGCUGCCUAGGCCUGGAUACAUGCGCUAAUGCCUCGUCUUGUGUCUACCGUUCUGGAAGCCCUUUGUCUUGGCGGACAUGCAGAUGCGCUACACACGGGGCGUCUGGGAUGGCUCGAUAAGCCUGCCAUCGAGCAGAGCAGAUCGCACUCUGGACGAAAUGCGCCGGGUUCAGGUCCUCGAGGAGCGGAAACCCCAGUACGCAUCGAUGGACCAGGCUCUGCGAGCAGAUUGGGAAAGGGGCAGAGCGCAAGGCUUGGCCGAAGCUCUGCGUCUGGCCGCUCCGCCAUCAUUUGGACAGCCUCUUUACCACAUGCUGCCAGGUCUUCACGCGGACGAGCUAGAGUAUGCGCAGCAUCUUAGACAAGAAGUGAUCAAAGCCAAACCUUGGUUGGAUCCGCUGCUGGACAAGUGGGAUGCGGCUAGAGAUGCUGCGCGACAAGGCAUGUACAAUGUCAAAUUGAUCUCCCUCGUCAAGGCGAAAUUGGCUACCCUAGACGCUUCACAAAGAAGCGCGGAUCCUAGACUGUAA